AUGCCAGGAUUGAAAGUACAGGUCUUGGACUCAUCAGAUGUGCUUUUGUCAAAUGCGCAAUCCUUGAUUGAUUUCAAUCCUAAAGCAUACCCCGAUGUUCAGGUCGUAUAUGCUCAAAAUCUCGACAUUGCUCUUUCUGAUACCGUUCAGAUAGACGGUUAUUUCACACCAAAGACAAAUGGAUCUUACACUUUCUACUUGGAUGCUACCGAUUCAAUUUUCUUGAUUGGUGAUGGUGCGGCCUUUGCUUGCGACAACUCUCAAGUUUUUGAAGCUCAUAUAAGUAAAAUUGCCAUCGAUACUGUUGGGACUUCAAGGCUACCUCGACUCUUGAGAAGGGCUACCACAAGUUUCACCACAACCUUGUCGGCAGGUCGCAGCUAUCCAAUUAGGAUUGUCUCCUCCGGCCUAAGGUCAGAUUCGGGUAUAUUGAGUUACGAAGGACCUGGUGUAACAAGGACAACAGAUUUUACUGGGGUUGCAAGCUCGUAUGUCGAUUCACAAUCAUCUGGUAGCACCGUUUCUGGAGUUGUUGCAACAGUUUCCGGUACUACUGCUGGUACUGAAGGAUGGAGUGGAUCCUUGACCUCCACCUCUACAUCUGCCACCUACUUCACUGGAUCUGAUGGGAAGACUACUGAAUCAGACAACUACUACUUGUUGACACCUACUUCUGGAUCUGCCACCUCUGGAUCUUCCACUUCUGGAUCUUCCACUUCUGGACCUGCCACUUCUGGCUCUGCCUCUUCUGGUAGCACCGUUUCUGGAGUCGUUGCAACAGUUUCCGGUACCACUGCUGGUACUGAAGGAUGGAGUGGAUCUUUGACCUCCACCUCCACCUCAGCUACCUACAUUACUGGAUCUGAUGGUAAAGCUACUGAAUCAGACAACUACUACUUGUUGACACCUUCUUCUGGCUCUGCCUCUUCUGGCUCUGCCACCUCUGGCUCUGCCACUUCUGUAUCUGCUUCUGGUAGCACCGUUUCUGGAGCUGUUACAACAGUUUCCGGUACCACUGCUGGUACUGAAGGAUGGAGUGGAUCUUUGACUUCCACGUCAACCUCAGCUACAUACUUCACUGGAUCUGAUGGUAAGACUACUGAAUCAGACAACUACUACUUGUUGACCCCAACUUCUGGAUCUGCAUCUGGCUCUGCUUCUGGGUCAUCUGGCGCAAUCACUACUUCCGCCUCUGGUGUGGUUCCAAAAGUAUCUGGCACUACUGCUGGAACCGUCACCUUGUCUGGUUCGAUUUCUGAACCAAAGGUCACAACCACCUUAGGAGAUAACCAAAUGCCCAUCGGAAUUUCUGAGGGAACCAUGGCUUCCGUAUCAUCCACGGUAGAUACAGUUAUCGCGCCUGUUGCAACUGGUGCCACGGGCGGUGCGGGCAAGGUAAGCACAGCUAUACAAAGUGAUAAUUCCGCUUCUUCGAUGCCAACUUCAGACUUGAAACCUACCACUGUGAUUUCGACUAACGUAGCAAGUUCAAUGAGUACCGAGACGGUUACAACUUACUUGUCCACACACACUACGCUUGCGGUAUCGACUUUUGAGGGUGGAGCCAGCCGUUUGAAGCUGGGCUUGCUCUUCGCGCUUCCACUAGCGUUACUCUGA